UGUAUAAAUUAGUUUAAAUGACUAUAUUGAGUGGUUGUAGAUCUUAACAUUUUUAAACCCGAACUUAUCUAGGAGCUCUCUUACGUGUUCUCUCGUCAUUCCUCAUUUCAAUAAAAAUAUUAACUUUAAAUUGUUCUUCAUUUCAUUACUUUGUGAUAAUCCUUCAAUUAAUCUUGAGAAUCUCUCUGGAUGAUUGACCCAAUCACAUCUUUCAGGAAUACCACAGCUUUCUAAAUUUAGUCCUUCUAGUUUAGUAUAGAUCAGAGCAUCUUCUAAAUCAGGAACUGAAUCAAGUUGAAGCUUUCAGCUUAGAAUUCCUAAAUAUUUCGGAGCCUCCUUUCAGAUCUGAAACAAAUUUCUCAUUUGAGAGUAAUUGAUGUCAGCAUUCAAAAUAUAUAAAAUUUUUGAUACUAGAGAGCUUAAAUACGUAACAAUAUCGUUGAUUUUUUCAAAGCUUAGCAUUUCUCCCCUCUGAUUCAAGUCAAUUCUUUCCAAUCCUUUUGGUAUUCAUGAAAAUAUAAAAUCUUUAGACAACCGCAGAUUUUCAUGCAUGUUAUGUAUUUCUAUAUAUGUAAGCUUUGGAAGUAUAUUGCCACAAACAGCUUCCAUGAACUCAGAAUCUUCUUUAGCUUUUAGAUCUAAUUUCAACGCUCUCUUGUUUCCUUUGAAAAGUUUCUUCCCUGUGAUUCCUUCGUAUACUCUUUUUAGAUCAUUCACUGUAGAUAAGUUAAUGAUAGAUUUUGCAAUCUUUUUAUUACGAACAACUUUAUGUUGCAAAUCUUCAAUUGUUGCUUCCAUCUGCUUGAUUUGUUCUUGAAAGCUACCUUGUCUAAUCGGCCUUGCAAUAAAUCUUUCGAUCUCUUGUUUGUCAAUACUCAAGUAGUCUCAAAUAAGUUGGAUAUAAUUCUGAAAACAGAAAUGUCCCACAAAUUCAUCUCUGUUCAGUCUAUCAAAGAUGCUCAUGGUUUCAUCUUCAAGUUCCUCGUAUUUAUCAAGCUCUUGAGUUUGUUCGGCUGAUUCAAGCUCCCUCUGCAUUUCAAUAAUUCUUUUUUGGGCUUCAUCAAUCAAAAGUUGUGAUACUUUUGUAUUUUCUUGCUACUUAAUUGAUUCAAUUUCAAUUUUAAAGUUUUUGAUACAUAUGCUCACCACCUGUAGAGCCUUUGCAACUCCUUUAGUCGCAUCUAACUAGACUCAAUACUGCUCCUGCUCUGGCUUUAAGUGCUCUUGUCAUAUCUGGAUAUCAAACCCUUUAUGAAAAUACUCUGGACCAUUGGCACAAUCUCCAAUCUGUCACUUAGGACUGGCUUC